UUCGAGCGGCCUCCCCGUGCGCCGGGAGCGCGGCUUCAUCUGUAGUGCGUGUCACUGGGCCUGGCACUCAUCGCGGCUUCAAAGGAACCUAUUGGAGAUCGUGUCAAAAUGGAACGUGAGUGUAUGGAGAAGAUCAACCAUUACUGUCAAAAGCAGAAAUUUACCCUGGUUUAUGCUGAUGUCAGCAUGACUGGCCCAUCUCAUGAUCCCGUGUUCACCAUUGCGGUUAAGAUAAAUGGUAAAAAAUAUGGUACAGGCACUGGUAAAAAUAAGAAGGAAGCAAAAGCAAUUGCAGCAAAAAAGACCUGGGAAAUGAUUGAGAAACGGCCAGAGAGUCCUUCAAAUACCCAAGCUGCAGAAUUACCAACAACUCAGAUGACCUUAUUACCUGUACAGUCCGGUGACUAUGUCAGCCAACUAAAUGUGUAUUCACAAAGGACCUUGCAAAGAGUUGAUUAUCCUAACACACGUACUGGAGAUGCUCAUGCUCCUGUGUUUUCUUGUCGCUGUACAAUUAGCGGUUAUGUGUAUGGAAAUGGCACUGGACCUUGUCUAGCUGCUGCAAAACAAGCUGCUGCAAAACAAGCAUUUGAGAAACUAGUUGAGGAAGGCGCUAUAACAAUGGGAAAUGAAACAUCUAACAGCAACUCUACAUUUAGCAACAAUAGUGAUUCCCAUCAAGUGUCAACUCAGUCUGACUUGGAUUGCUUAUUUUUCAGUAGCAACAGUAUUUGCUUUAAAGACUCAGCUGCAAAUUUGGCAGACAAAAUGAAAAACAUGGCAGUAUGUGAAAAGCCUUCACCUUCUCAGAGAAACACACCAAGUUCUGCUCUGAAACCCCAAAGAAAAUUGGCAGCUAAUUUUGAUAAUGCGAGAGACAAGGAAGAGGUAAAAAAGAUGUCAGAUGAGAGUUUGCCAGGUUUGGACACAAAUACCAGUGAGGGAAAUGAAAGCCCAUACACUGUGGAUAAAAGAUUUCUCGAGAGUUUUAAGAACAUAGAGCCUAUUGGUGAAGGUGGCUUUGGGAAUGUUUUCAAAGCAACAGCAAAGCUUGAUGAGAGGACCUAUGCAGUCAAACGAGUUCAAUUCACAAAGAACGUGCGUGAAGUAAAACAACUUGCAAGACUUGAACACAAAAACAUUGUGCGGUAUUACAAUAGCUGGCCAGGGUACGACCAUGUAACUUCUCCAGCCUCAAGGCAGAAGUCAGACAAAAAAAUUCUCUGUCUUUUCAUUCAAAUGGAAUUAUGUGAACAAGGGCCAUUGGAAAACUGGAUUGAAAAGAAUAGACGAGACCGAAAGUAUCAUGAGAUGGCACAAACCACAUUUUUACAAAUACUGGAAGGAGUAAAAUAUAUUCAUUCUAAAGGCUUAAUUCAUCGAGACCUCAAGCCUCAGAAUAUAUUCAUAUCAGAUGAAGAUAAAAUAAAAAUAGGUGACUUCGGUCUUGUGACUUCUGUGACAUGUGAGAAUCUGACUGGGAACACAGGAACAAAAUCAUAUAUGGCACCAGAACAGUUUGGGGACAGAUAUGGAAAGGAAGUAGAUAUUUAUGCACUGGGGUUAAUUUGGUUCGAGAUUCUUUCGGCAUUCAGUGGUCAUGAGAAAGAGAAGGUAUGGAGUGAAGUUAGAGAUGGUGAACUUCCAGAGAGCUUCAGCAACCGAUUUCCAUCAGAGGCACCCAUAAUCAAAAAGAUGCUUUCAAAAGACCCUUCACGAAGAUACUCUGCAUCUCAAAUACUUGAACUUUUAAAGUCUGUUGAUAAAGACAAGCCAUUUAGAACUCAUACUAAGUAAAUGUCCUUUGAAAAAGCUUUUACUGUGUUUAAAUCCAGAGUUUGAUGUCUCUUAAAACUGAUGAAAUACCAGUACAUGUCAGAAGCGACAGCAAGACUUGGGUUAUGUCUUUUCCUUGGUGUUUUGCCUUCCUGCCAUUGAGAAGCUCAUCAGCAUCAUAUCACCAUUCACACCCAUCAGCUGCAGACCAGGGUAGCAUGCUUCUGCAAGCAAUCACUUGCGAGUUUACCUGGAAACACAGGUUGUGGAUGAGCUGAACUAUAUUCUACAGCACAUAAAGCAACCUAGUCCUCGUCUCCUAGAAGAUUAAGUUGUGGUGGUGCUAACUGCCCUGUGACAAAUCACUGUAUGCGUGCUCUUAACACGUGUUGCAUCCAUUAUCAGUUGAGGUUAUCUACCAUUGAAGAAGUGCUGUCUUGUGGUAUGUGAUUCAAACCUUUCUGAUUUGUUCAGUGAUGUUUUUAAUAAUUACUAGAAUACUCUCAUUAAUACAAAGACUAAUUUUGGUAGAGAAAAUACUAGGAAUUGGUGUUGGGUUAUUCACUGAAUUUCAGUUCUUUACGAUUCUUUUUUUUUUUUUUUCCAACAGUUCUUUACAGCAGCUCUACAUUCCUGUUGAACACCUACUUCCUUCAGUGCUCUAGAACUUAAAAAUACAGUAAUAGAGUUUAGACUUGCUUUAAACUUCCAAAAACAGAUUUUGAGUGGGUGCUUGCUUAAAAGGAAUAAUAUAAAUGAAUGCACAGUAAUUUUUAUAUUCUUAUGGAAAUUAUUGCUGGUCUGCAAGUAUUUAUUGCUAAGUAAGAAUCUGAUCUACAUCCUUUUCUAAAGCUUGAAGUGGUUUUUGUUUUUUGCCUUAUCAUGAAUCACAAAUACCCAAUCACAGAAUGGUUUGGGUUGGAAGGGACCUUAAUGAUCAUCUAGUUCCAACUCCCCUACAACAGAGGCAGGGAAAUCUUCCACUAGAACACAUUGCUGCUAACUCCAUCCAACCUGUUCUUGAACACUGCCAGAGAUGGGGCAGCCACAGCUCCUCUGGGCAACCUCUUACAGUUUCUUGCCACACUCACAGUAAAGAAUUUUUUCCUAAUGUCUCACCAGAAUUUACCCUGUCAGUCAGAGCCAUUCCUUGUCCUGUCACUACACGCCCUUGUAAAAAGUCUCUCUCCAGAAUUCCUGUAAGCUUCCUUUGGGUACUGGAAGGCUGACAAAGGUCCUAACAAAGGUCCUGACAAAGCCUUCUCCAGGCUGAACAACCCCAACUCAAGUGGCUUAGCAACUUCAUCUGCUGGUUCCCUCAGGGCCUGUGGAUGCAUCUCAUCAGGUCUCACAGACUUGUGCAUCUUCAGGUUCUUUAGAUGGCAUCAAGCCUGAUGGCAUACAGCAGGUUCUUCAUUCUCCCCAAAGGCAUCCCUGCCUUUGCCCUUUGCCUUCUACAACUUGAGUGGUGUGGAUGGAGCACUUGCUGGUGAUGACUGAGGAAAAAACUUCGUUGCCCACCUCAACCUUCUCCGUGUCUCAGAUAGCCAGGUCUCCUGUUUUCUUCCAGAGAGGGCCCACAUUUCCCCUAGUCUUUGUUUUAUCACCAACAUACCUACAGAUGUUGGUGUUACUGUUGAUGUUCCUGGCCAGAUGUAAUUCUACCAGGGCUUUAGCUUCCCUAGCCUGAUCCCUGGCUGGGAUGCAUACAGCAUUUUACUAUUCAAUACCAACUACCGUUUCCCUGUUGUGGUCAAGAUCUGGGAGUUCCACUGCCUCUUUCCACGCACUGGGAUUUAACUGACAUACAGUUGUAGUCAAUCUUAAAUAUCUUGUCAAACCCUAAUGAUUCUAUACUUCUAUACUACUCUUGCAAUAUGAAAACUGGUAUAUGCCAAGCUUUAUAGUUCUUGGACAGAGCAUACAUAAUACCAUUACCUUUCUACUGUUAAGUAAUACUGACCCUGUCCCGCUAUUUUUUGAUACUUUUUUUCUAGUAUCUGUUAUUUCAGCAGUACAUUUCUAUUAGGGACUGUUUACAGUAGCAAUUGCUGUUUCCUAAAAAUAAAAUGUCUAUUAAAAUAUUUUUGUAUAUAUUUUAUAUAUAUUUUAUAUUUAUAUAUUUUAUAUAUAAAAAUCCUCCAACAACAUGAUCUAGCACUAUUUUAGGGAUUGCAGUGGUAGGACAAGGGGUGAUAGGUUCAAACUUAAACAGGGGAAGUUUAGAUUGGAUAUAAGGAGGAAGUUCUUUACUGUGAGGGUGGUGAGGCACUGGAAUGGGUUGCCCAAGGAAGUUGUGAAUGCUCCAUCCCUGGCGGUGUUCAAGGCCAGGUUGGACAGAGCCUUGGGUGACAUGGUUUAGUGUGAGGUGUCCCUGCCCAUGGCAGGGGGGUUGGAACUUGAUGAUCUUAAGGUCCUUUCCAACCCUAACUAUUCUAUGAUUCUGUUUAGUUGCGCAAAAUAUGCACCUUUAUGUGCCAUAGAAUGUUGGUUCAAAUAAUGUCUCUGUAAUAUUUCACAUUUUUUUUUCCCCACCAGGUCUAAGAUUGUAAAGCAAAGAAAGUGAUGUUUAGUUAUCUUUGUAAAGAUGAAAAAUAAAUUAUGUUUAACACACUGUACAA